CCGGUCGGUCCUCCUGGGCCUCCAUCUUAUGGUGGUGUCCAGUUGGGUGGCGCUGCUCGUUCGCUGGCCACACUUUAUGGUCUGCUGACAGCACUCUGCGAACUGGGUCCAGCUUCGGCACGUACUCUUUUACUGCCCCUUCUGCCAGGCUUGGCUCGCCGUCUUAACACCGGCUGGCUUCGUCCGUUGCCGGCCGCUACUUCCAAUACAAACCCAACCUCAGUACCGACCAUCGUCGCAAGCCCAGGACAGUCGGACUCGUCUGCUGGUAUCCUGCAUCCCGUGUCCUCCAUUUUGCCGGCUGAUAUGCGUGCCCUUGAUGCCCUGCAGGCGUUGGUGAUGAUGCACAGAAAGGCGCUACCAUCUCUUAUAGAUUGA